AUGUGCGGUCGGGCGUACUCGCCGCUUCAUCUACAUGUGGCCGAACAGUCGCAUCUCGGUGAUGGGCGGUCGCAGGCGGCCGGUGUGCUGGCCAAUCACCGAGGAGCAGUACCGCCGGCCGGGCGCGAAUGGACGGAGGAGAUUGGCAAUCGCAUCAAGGCGCCGAUCGUGCAGCAGUUCGAGGCGGAGGGAUCACCGUACUACAGUACGGCCCGGCUGUGGGACGAUGGCAUCAUCGAUCCGGUCGAUACGCGCCGCGUGCUGGGGCUUAGCUUGCAGGCGGCCCUCAACCAGCCGGUCGGCGAGACUCGCUUCGGUGUGUUCCGCAUGUAGAGGAAGGAAAGAGAUAGGCAGUGAUCACACACAGCGAAAG